AAACUCUGUCGACCUCCACUACUUUCUAUUUCUCGCGGAUUUUGGACUUUGUGGCAAGAUGAGCUGGUCUGGGUUUAAGAAGACGAUUAAUCGGACGGGGACGACGUUGAUGCAAAAGACAGGACAGAUCGAGAGGACUGUGGAUACGGAGUUUCAGGAUGAACAUACCAAGUAUAAGACGUUCGAGAAAGAGUGUCAAGCGCUGCAGAAGGAGAGUAAGGCGUAUUUGGAUGCUAUGCGUGCGAUGACAGCAGCACAAACACGCAUCGCAGACCACAUCUCCACGUUCUACUCCGCCGCGGACCGGACCUCGGACGGCGCCAUGGCUGCGCACGCGUACAAACAGUCUGUCGUUGAGCUGGAUGACGUUAUCGGGAGGGAACUUGACGCACCAUAUCGUACGACGAUUAUGGAGCCUCUGGGGAAGAUGAAUGCGUAUUUCCCGGUUAUUAAUGAGCAGAUCACGAAGAGGAACAAGAAGCUACUGGAUUACGACUCUGCACGAAGCAAACUGCGCAAAACGAUCGAAAAGCCAGGCGAGGAUGCCACCAAACUCCCAAAGGCCCAACAAGAACACGACGCCGCACAAGAAGUCUUCGAAUACAUGAACAAUCAGCUCAUCGAAGAACUACCCCAACUCCUCGAACUACGCGUCCCGUUCUUCGACCCAAGCUUCGAAGCGAUGAUUCGCAUGCAGGCCAAAUUCGCUGAAGAGGGGUAUGAGAAACUUGGUGGUGUUCAACGGUAUUUCGCUGAUAACGUACGAGACGACUACGCCGCUGGCCAACUAGAUGCACAAGUGGAAGGUGUUCUGCAAGAGAUGAGGGAGCUCUCGAUUUGCGGAGCAAGCUAGACACUCUUAUCAACUUCUUUCUGAGCUUGUUGGCCUUAGUCUUCCUUCGUUUUUGGACCAUUUUCUCUCGAUUGUGUAUGCAUUAUACCUAGUAGGAUUACCUACUACAAUUCCACAACCUAAAGUGAAAGUACGAAGCUCCGAAGUAGAAUUGAAUUAUGUACACUGUCUGCCAUUUAGUGGGACAAGGAAUUGUUUGAACGAUGAAAGCGCUUCAGCGACAGAAGAAAAGUCUGGAACUCAGGAACUCGAUUAGGAUAUGGGGCACUGACUCGUCCUCGCUCAAAAUAAGAUUAGAGAACGAGAAGCAUAAAGUGGAAGAAACAGAACAGAAUAAUGCACAAUCGAUAGUUGAAUAAACGGGACUCAUUUGCUGGUGGAAACCGUGAAGUAGAACUCGCUACCACAAUCAUUGACUCAAGAACCAAUAACAGCUGAAGUUACUGGACUGCGCUUACCUGGAAUUUACGAGAACCGUUCUUCCAAGGAGGGCUUGCUUGAUGACUUUGGAUGUCGAGCCCCGCCUGGAGAGUUUUGUGCGCUCCCUUGACCUCGACCCCGACCUCGACCGCGAGCUGCUCCGCCUCGCCCAGCAUGUCGCGGCUCGCGUUGCUGAUCCACCUCACGCUCAGGAGACUGCAUACGACCAAGAAGUAUGGGAGAAGAUAUGGUUCGUGGUGGAGAAGGACGCGAAAUGCCACGUCCUUUCCCACUAUUAGCAGGCAAACGGCAGGGUGAUGGUGGCCUACGUGGAAGUGAGUUGAGAGAGAAGUCCUGAAGGCGAGACACGAGGGUAGGCUCAGCAGAAUUGUCUGUCAUUCGACUUGCUAGAGGUUUAGGUUGCCUAAUCUCUGCAGGACCUUCAAUGCGAGAAGCAAGAUCAAUAUUGCGAGACUCAGUCGAAUCAGCCGGUCGAGGUGGUUCAUAGUCACGCCGUUUCUGAGGGGUUCUGGGUUUGCUUGAUUCGUCGCUAAUUCGAUCAGCCAAAUUGCGAGAAGUUGAGCUUUCAUGCUUCUUGGGGUUGUCAUCGAGUCGUUCGCGGGCUUGACUACUCGAAGUUUGACUUUCGGCAUGAGGAGCAGACGGUGCAUUUUCCUGGCGCCCCGACAGUAGAGCAAUUGGGUCAGAAACACGAAUUGGAAGGACAUUGGGUGCUGUUGAAGAAGGAAUUUGACGGCUUUCUAUUUUCCGUGGUGGCAUGGCGGGAAGAUCAGGAGCGACACGCUCUGGCACUUUGAUUGUUGACAGACCCGGAGGAAUUGGAUGAUCAUUUGGGAAACUUGCGGGUUUUGAAUGAGGACUUCUUCGCAAUGGACGGUCGACGGUAUUAUUCCUCCCUUGCUGCUUCGAUAGUGCCUUGCUCUGCAUGUGGGGAGGUUCGUCUCGUUUGAUGCUCCCAGUCGUAGGUCCAGAAUCUGUGUUGUUUGCAGGAUGAUCGGUAGAGUUGUUCUCUUGCUGUUUCGGUUGCGCCUUUUUCUGGAUGUGUGGAGGUUCGUCUCGCCUGAUGGUCUCACUCGUAGGUCUAGGGUUUGCAUUGUUGGCUGAUGCAGCGGACCCCGCCUUGCCCUGCAUAUGGGGAGGUUUGUCUCGUCCGAUGCUCCCAUUCGUACGUCCAGGACCUGUGUCGUUGGCGAGUGCAGCGGGCUCCCCGUUGCUCCGCAAGUGGGAAGGUUCGUCUUGUUUGACGCUCUCACUCGUGGAUCCAGGACCUAUGUUAUUGGCAGGUGCAACGGGUUCGGCAGGUUCUACAUAACGGUAUCGUUGAAUAAGAGGAUAGGGUUUCUGACUGUCAGUAUUUGACUGAACGUCUGAUGCUAGUACUGUCCUCCCCAAAAGGCCUGAUUGAUCAGAUGCUGCAGCGUGUAAGGAAGAAGAGCUACUAGCAUUGACUGGAGGCGCCGAAGGGUCGAAUGUUCCAGUCGCGCCAGCAGCAACGUAUAGUCCACGAGAAGAACCCGUCCCACCCGUCAUGUGCGGUUGACCGGCCGAGUGGGAGGGUUGCGAACUUUCCGUGUGCUGGUAAGGUACCGAAUCUUCAUCUGGCAGGCGUUGGAUAGCAAUAUGUGAACUAUCAGCUCGUUCCCGAAGCGGCCUUGCGCUCGUCUGUGUCUCAUGUGCUGGAAGCAUUGGGAAGGAGGGUUGUUCGAUGGAUGUGACUCCUCUAUCCGAGCGAUAUGCAUCAGCUCUACUAUCGUUCGCUAGUUGUCUGCGUUCGUCCAUACUAGGCCAACUCCCGUCAUCUAUACGUCGUACAUUGCUCUGCUCAGCGAUCUGACGUCGACCACCAUUAGCAGUAUUAGGCGAGACAACGAAAGCAGCGUCAUCACGACUAGGACGUGUUGUCCCCUCACGAACAUAUGGUCCACCGUUCAAAGCAUGCACGCCAUGAGAAUUAGCGACAGAGGGAACCUUUGUAUCCCAACGUGACGGACGUGAUUGUGAGUCGAAGUAUCUUUCUCGACGUGGAGAGGGACGUCUAGGUGGUGGAGACCGGCUUCGCGAAUCCCACCUUCGUGAUCUAGGAGGGCUUUGGAACCGCGAAUAGACCGGUCUACCACGACGAGGCGAGGGACUCCUAGACCUAGAAUAACGAAACGAAGGGGGUGGCCGUCCACGUGAAGAGCUCCUUUGACGAUUUCUCCAGGAGUACCGAGGUGGAGUUCUUUCCCUGUCGCGAUAACGCCUAUUAUCAAAAGCGGUACGAGGGGAAAGUAUUGGCGAUAUCGAUUGAUUAGGACGGUACGUGUCUGCAACGUGAGGAGCCCUUGGUCUAUCCGGCGAGUAUGGCCGAGAUGGAGACCAGUGGUCCAUUAUCUGUUGGCGACCUUGAGAGCGUCCACGACGUAGUACGUCCCCAUCAGCCAUCCUCCCCUCGCUGCCAGAUUGCGGCGUACGUUGGCCAGAACUGGACUGUCCAGGAGAGAGAUUACCAAAGAUUGCUAGACGGGAAGCUAGAGUUGCACUAUUAGAGGGUGGCAUGGGACGAUCUUGCUGGGAAACAACUGGAGUGUGCUCGCUGUCAGGUACAUCACACGAAUUACCGUCUGACGUCGGAGGUUCAAAAACAGUAGCCUCUGUGCCGUGAGGGUGUAAAGAGAUAGCUCGCGUCUGCAGAGUGAUACACUCCAAUAGCUCUGGCCGUUGCCCAAGGCUUUCGUGUUGAGAGACUGAAUCCUGGGAGGUCGAUCUGGAUUCCUGGUUUUGCAUUGGAGACCCUGUACCUGCUCUCGCGCCUAUACUAUCACUAUCAGACGUCGUACUCGAUGUUUGCUCUUCAAGUGUGCCAGAAUUCGCUUGUGCGGAUGUAAUACGCGAAGCCAAAGUAUUCUCAGAUUGCCCUUGACCGAUUGGUAGACGAGACGAUUCGCCCAGUGUUUGCGUUGCUGUUGCAAACGAUGUACCUUCUAUCGAUCUCACUUCUUCCUCAAUCUUCGGAACAAUAUUCGUUGGAAUAUGCGACGAGCCUCGAUGAGUCGUUUGAGCAGCAGCGGCAGUCAAUUCGGGAAUCUUGACAUCUUCCUCCUCCUCCUUCUUCACUUUGACAUCAUUAGUCGCCUCUUCCACUUUGACUCUCUUCAUAGGACGAGAACUAGAUGCUCCAAGUUUACUGUCCACACCACCAUCCUCCAUUUUGACUAUGGGUGAUCGUAUGCGUUUAAGCGAACUUCGUGUAGCAUCCGUCGUGCUUGUAGAUGUUUUGUGGCCCGAGGAAAGGAAUGUCGGUUUCGGAGGAAGAGUAGGAGCGGCCUUGAAAGCUACGUUCGAGGGGUGUGUAGUGGCGUUCUCGGAGCCAACUACCGGCUGGGACAUACGCUCAUUACUGCUAUCCGGCACGUCUUCAGGCAGUUCGUUAGCUACAGUCCUUUGCUUUUUGCCCUUCUGGACAAGGUCCCUUUCAAGCGGUUGCGAUGCCGAGACCUUGCGCUUCGUAGAAUGCCCAUUCUCGAAGUGCGGCGAAACAGACUCAGGGACACGACUGUUGUCGACAGGAACCGGAGCUCUCGCGAGAGCAGGGACGUUUUCAGUUGACAGUUCUGGUGAACGUUGAGGGACCUUCGAUGAGGUAGGACGUGUCGAUCGGUCGGGAGGAGGAGCACUCUGCUGACUAUCCCGAUUAUUUACGUCCCGAGGGUCGGGCGUCGAAUGCAUAGACCUGCUUGUAUGCAAGGUACACUCCUCAUUCUGUCCGAUGGUACUCAAGCUCAUGUCUGAGGGCGCCCUCCUCGAUUUCAACAAAGCCUUCAACUCGUCCUCCCGUGGAGAAGCUGGGUACGAGCCAGAAGGUCUGGCUGAACCUUGCAUCGUUUUGUCAUCUAAUGGCCUCUCCCGCGAAGAUUCAACAGCGGUGACCUUGCUGCUUGGAGUAGACCGAUCCUGUGUACACGUAGUUGAGGCCUGGUCAGCCACCAGUCUCGGUGUACCUAGUACAGGAGAACGCUUCGGAGAGAAUAGUGGAGCAGCAUCAGUAUUAGAUGCAUUCUUCGAAGAAAUACUGUUCGCGUCAAUCCGUGAACUUCCAGAUAGUUUAUCACUUGAUUCUGCAUCCGUUUCUGCAUUCAGCUUUCCAGAAUGUUCCGGGCACGUGUUCUCGACGAAUUCGGACACAGGAGUUGCCGUAGAAUGCAACUUCGCAGAUUGCCCGACGAUCGGAAUCGGAUUCUCGUCUCCAGUGCGAGCCUCCGGAGGGACAGCAGAAAUUGCAGGGGAACGAGCAGAAACGAAAGGAUCCGGUUGAGAGGGUUUUGGAUGCUUAUCUCGAGGGAAGGGAGCACUUGGAAGGUCUACACGAGAUUCUCCUGCUUGGUUCCGUUUGGCAACCCAGACCUCGCUCCACGCUGCAAGUUCCUCUUGAAGUAGUUGGGUCAGAGGUGUGUGAACGAAUGAAGGAAACGAAGACGUGCUUGCUGUAGCACGUGCAGGCGUAGUCGUUACAUGGGUUGGUAACUCAGUAUCGCUACGUGUCAUUGCAGAACCUGAAGGAGGCGGUGUUGGCAAGCCAGUAGAUACUGGCGUUGCCAACGAGCCUAGAUUGAAGAGCGGGGGAGUGCAUGUAGAUGUGUUAUUAUCCGCGAUAAUGCUCGUGUUGGCACCAGAAAUAGCCGGAUGGUUGUCUAAUAUGCCAGCUGUCAUGGGAGCACCAUUUUGAAGCUCAGCUAAGUCCAAUGGUUUUGGACUUCCACUGCGUUUGGUCUGGUCCGAUACAUUAGAUGCCACCUGCGACAGGUUUGUCAGUUGGGCGGGAUUAGAAGGAUGUGCAGAAGUGGUUUCGUGCUGGUUGGAAGAUCGCAUUGACGAGCCAGCACUUGCAGCAGCACUAUCGCUUAACCUUGCCAGUAAAUUUGGCUGAUUACUGGUAUCCGUCAAGGCAGUUUGCUCAUCGUUAGAAUCAGAGUCAACGUCCAUUUCAACGCUUGAAUUGUCUCCGUCGCCCUGCCCGCUGUCUACAAUAGGUAUCUGAACCUGACGAAAAGGAGCAGACAAGCGGCUCAAUAGCGAGUUUUUCUUGAUCGUGUUGAAAGUAAAAUUCGAGAAACUUGGAGGCUUUUCCAUGAUGACUGAUUAGAGAGAUGAAACGAGAUAUUCUAAGUGUAAGAGUCGAAGGCUACUGGAAUACUUCACCAGUGGAUGUUCAUUGUACGGACGGAUUUGGUUCUUUGUGCGAGUGGC